GAGCGCAAGGGUUGGGUCUUUGGCGGCGGCGCUUUUGGGCGAGACCAACUCUGAAGACAAGCAGGGAGGGGUCCCACCUGACAUGGACAAAACAUAACAUUGAUUCUGAGAAAUGGACGACAGCACUCUUCAAGCUUAUGAAGAUGAAAUCCAGUCACUGGAAGAAGAAAUUAAACUAUUGGCUGAAAAGUAUGAAGAUAGCCAACAGGAAUCCAUCUUUUUUUCUGAUGAGGAGAUAUUGAUGGCAAUGAAAUCAUCGCAAGGAAACUUUGAGGGACAAUCUGAAGGACGUGAAUCUCUGUCAGACCUGAAAGCUCAGCUUGAAAGUCUGGAAAUGGAUCUCUCAUUUUUAAUGAAAUUUACUGGUAUUCAGUUCACAAGUCAUUCCAAGAACACAGUGGAAAGAACAACAAACAGAACAGUGCAGAAGCACAGAUUAUCAGGGCAUUGCUACUCCCUGUCUUUUCAAUUGGAAUUCCAGCUUCUUGAAGUGCAGAACAAAGAGAAUGUGUCUGCGGUGGUUACUGAUCUUGGCAUUAUCUUGGAAUCUGGAGAAGAUUCAGAUGUGAGCAAGUUUGUAUCAAGCACUGAAGAACAUGGAAAUCUUUUAACGUUUUUCAGAAGCCUUUUGUCUUACGCUGAGUGGUAUGAACAUCGCAGGUGCACCUUCCUGCAUUUCAAGGGCAAAUAUCCUGACAUCGUGACCCUUCCGGAAGGACUGCAGGGCGAUUAUAUAACGCUGAGGAACCCCUCAGUUUCUGGGCUGGAGUUACUGAUUGUUUGGAAGAUACACAUGGAUGAAGAAGGGAGAACCACACCUGUUCUGGACCUCCUCACUAAAGUACCGGAGCAAGUCCUGGAGCACAAGAUGGUGACGUUGAGGAAGGCCCCCGGGCACUUCCGGAGCCUGCUGCUCCUGCUGGGGGUCGAGGCGGCCAUUGAGAACCUGAUCAGAGUGGUUGGCUUGCGGGAAUGAACACCAGCCUUGCUUACAACAGGUUACUCCCACAGAAAAGGGAGCUUUUCCCAUCUCCGACCAGGCUUGCUGUGUUGCUGGCUGUAACUUCUAAACAUCUGCAGAACGUGCGAAGUUCUCUACCUUCUUCCUCCUGAGGAAGCACAGGAAGUUGAAAGCUAUGGUCAUCUGCAGGAGUCCUUUUCUACCUUCUACCAGCUGUUCCUGGGUGACCCUCUCAGACAGAGCCAUUCUGGGAAAGGAUCACUGGCCUGGCCUAACUUGAGAUCAAACUAAGAAUUCUCCAGUUUCCUUCCUUUGGUGGGGCCAGUAGUGACAGUGCUGAUCAGGCAGGUUUGAAGGAGGAUCUGGACUGUUCAGGUGCUGAAGUCAAGUUGUUUAAAAGCCAAGACAAAAAAAAGCAAGCAGAGAGAUUCGA